CCUCUCUCUUUUUUAAUGAAAUCUUGUUCUUUCAUGGUUUGAUUCUUGCUUUCUGAAAUCACAUAGGGAAACCCAAGUGAAGCAACGUUGACUCCAAGUGGGGAAAAUGUGUCCUUCAGUUUUUAAGACUAACGAUUUCUUGGUUUUGUUGGGUUUUGUCAGUUUAAUGUGUCUUUUGUUUUCUGCCCAUAGUUUCCAUGUCUCAACAAUACCCUGCAGUAAUGAUUCUUUAAUCCAAUCAUGUCCUGCUUCACUCUACUAUGUACCCAACACCAGUAUCAACCUCCAAGAAACAGCUUCUUUGUUUCAUGUGAAUGCUAGUGUAGUUAAUAGGACUGUUGAUGGUUUCUUGGUUACCAUAAAUUGCAGUUGUUCAGCUGCCCUAGAUUACUUCACUUGGCACAUGGACUACUUGAUCCAACCAAGGGAUUCAUGGGAGAGCAUUUCCUUGAAAUUUGGCUCAUUUGUGGUGGAACCCCCCAAAAAUGCAUUAAAUUCAUUGCAUACUAUAACACUAGAUUUCUUAUGUGGUUGUUCUGAAACUGCAUAUAUGGUGACCUACAGGGUUAAAAAGAGAGAUACACUGUUUACUAUUCAUUCUCAGUUUAAUGCUAAUUUAAACAUGACUGCCAGGUCUAAUGGGCUGGAGUAUCCAUACCUUAUCUAUGAUGGUGAUAUUCUAUUUAUCCCAGUACCAGCAGGGGAGCUUCAAAACCUUACCAUACUUGAGGAGAGAAAAGAUACCAAGGACACAAAAGCAUCAAAAUCUCGAAUUCAUAUUUUGGUUGGAUCCAUAUCUGGUGCCUCUAUUGUCAUAUUGUUAGCAGUUGUAUUUGUAUUCUGGAAAAGAAAUAGGGCGAACAGAGCUCAACAAUCAAAAUCUUUUUCACAGAGAUCAGAUUGCUUGCUCUGUAAUCAUGACAAGUGCCCUUGUCCUAGAAAAUGUGAAGAACAUCCAGCUUCCUUAUUGAACUCCGAAAAAGCUACCAUUUUCCCUUACUAUGAAAUUGUUGAUGCAACGUCCAACUUUAGUGUAGCUUCAAAGGUUGGCCAAGGAUCAUAUGGGUCAGUUUAUCGUGGAAAAUUAAGAGGAACUGAUGUUGCCAUCAAGCAGAUGAAGGAUACCAAGUCAAAGGAGUUCAUGUCUGAGCUGAACAUUCUUUGCAGAGUUCAUCAUUCAAACUUGAUUGAGCUUAUUGGAUAUGGGGCUGGUGGAGACUCUUUGUUUCUAGUAUAUGAAUUUGCCCAAAAUGGUGCAUUGAGUGAUCAUCUACACAAUCCCACUUUAAGAGGUCAUAGACCUCUUCCUUGGAUUACGCGUGCCCAGAUUGCUCUUGAUGCAGCUAAAGGGCUUGAGUAUAUACAUGAGCACACACAACCAUAUUAUGUCCAUCGUGAUGUGAAGACAAGCAAUAUUCUAUUAGAUUCCAAUUUUCGUGCAAAGAUUGCAGAUUUUGGACUGGUAAAGUUAUUAGAUAAUUCUCCAGAUGUUCGAGCAGCAGCAUCUAGAAUUGUUGGCACAUUUGGUUACCUAGCACCUGAGUAUGCUCGAGAUGGGUUUGUGACCACGAAGAGUGAUGUCUAUUCCUUUGGAGUUGUUCUCAUGGAACUACUUACCGGCCAACCAGCAUUAACUAAAGAUGCAAGUUCUGAAAAUGAUCAAGUCAGUGAACAUCGUUCUGUGGUGCAAUAUAUCCUAUCGGCGUUUAAUGAUACUGAGGAUCCUUUCACGCAGCUGGAGAAAUGCGUUGAUCCAAACCUCACCUGCUACCAUAAAGAUUCACUCUUCCAGAUGGCACUCUUGUCUAAAGACUGUGUUGAUGAUAAUUGGAAUCAUCGUCCUGAAAUGAGUAGAGUUGUGCUACGCCUUUCACACAUCCUGUUGAACUCCAAGGAUAAUGAAGGACUAGAGUGCGACCAACUUACGGGCUAAACUUACACCGAUUUGCGCUUUUCGUCUCCCCUUGUCACCUGCCAUAUCUCAUAAGCGAUUGUAUUUAUCUAGCUUAAAUGGAAUGGUAAAUGUACAUACUACUUACAUUGAGAGGUGGAUGCAGCUGAACUGUGAUUCUGCAGUUACAACAAGAUCUGCAAAAUCUGCAGCACAUUCAGCUUCCUUUCCUCUGUGGGAGGCCAAAGGAAAGAAGGAUUCUCAAAGUUACUGGAUCCAGUUUGUAUUUACACUAAUAGGAAUAUUAUUUUGAUAUUGGUAACAUUUAAAGAGUA